UCGACACGGGUGACACAGCCAGGCCAGCCAUUGAUUUGCUGCGGUGUCGUCCGUGCUGUAGUGCCGUGCUUUUCCGUCGCAGCGGGGGACGGGGCAGCUGACAGCAUUUUCGUGCAGACUCCUUGAAGACGGUUUGACGGUCCGAGAGACCGGACAACCGUCAACACGAUGGUGACCACCGCCGAAUCGAGCGCGACUUCGCAAAACCAAGCGGACUCCGCCAAGGAAGAUGACGAGAGCCAGAAUAUCUGGUCCUCCAUCCUCAAGCAGGUACAGGAGAGCCUGCCCAACAAGCUGCCGUCGCACAAGCUCCUGCUCGUCAUGGGAGACAACGAGUCCGGUAAGACGACCCUGAUCGCCAAGAUACAGGGCAACGACGACCCCAAAAAAGGGUCGGGCCUCGAGUACCACUACCUCUACGUACGCGACGAAUACCGCGAAGACCAGACGCGACUGGGGGUGUGGGUGCUGGACGGCGAUCCGUGGCACCGCAACCUGCUCAAGUUUGUCCUCACCGAGGAGACGCUCGAGGACACGACCGUGCUGCUGACGGCGUCCAUGACAACUCCGUGGUCUCUACUCGACUCGCUGCAGAGCUGGGCGACCGUGCUCGAGGAACACCUGUCGAGGCUCCGCCUUCCGCCCAGCACGGUGGAGAAGAACAAGCUCCGCGUCCUGCGCCGCUUCCAGGACUACAUCGAACCUGGCGACGAGAUCGAAGGCGUGAGCUCGCCGCUGCGCCGUACGUCGGCAACGAUCGGCGGCGGCGGCGAGGACUUCGGAGACACCUCGUCCUCCGCUCACGCGCUGCCGCUGUUGGGCGAGGACACGCUGAGCAACAACCUCGGGCUGGACGUCAUCGUGGCCAUCACCAAGACGGACUACAUGAGCACCCUGGAGAAGAACUACGACUUCAAGGACGAGCACUUCGACUUCAUCCAGCAGGCGGUGCGCAAGUUUUGUCUUCGCUACGGCGCGGCGCUCUUCUACACCUCCGUGAAGGAGGACAAGAACUGCGACCUCCUCUACAAGUACCUGGUGCACCGCAUCUACGGCUUCCCGUUCAAGACGCCCGCUCUGGUUGUAGAGAAGGACGGCGUCUUCAUACCGUCCGGUUGGGACAACGACAAGAAGAUCGCCAUCCUCUACGAGAACAUCACGUCUGCCUCGCCGGACGACCCGUACUCCGAGGUCAUCACGCGACCUAUGACGACGCGCAAGCCGCUGCAGCGCGAGCCGGAGGUCCUGGCCGAGGGCGACCAGGCCUUCCUGGCGCGCCAGUUAGCCCUGCUCAAUCAGCAGGCGCAGCCGUCGCCCGGACGUGCGACCUCCUCCGACGCUGCGGCGGGGGCCGCGGGGGGUGCGCGGACGCCCGUCGGCGUCCAGAAGUCGGCAGAACGUCGGCUUCCGGGCUCGCACGGCGCCCUCCCCACGCCGGGCAAGAAGGACACCGAGUUUGCCAAGCUCAGUCAGGCCGACGGCGCCAAGGGAGGCAACGAGGGGGUGCUGCAAAACUUCUUCAACAGCCUGCUCAACCGCAAGACGGGGCCCGGCAGCACGCCCAUCCGCACGGCGGCCGACAAGUCGCUGAUGCACAACGACGCGGCCGCCCAGCUGGAGCGCAUGACGCGCUCCAUUGCCAAGAAUAAGGGCCUGUCGCCGGCAAGCCCCGCUGCUGCGCCCUCUGCAGCACCGACGACGCCGACGGAAGAGACCCCGCCGGCCAACAACUCGUUCAGCUCGUGAAGAGGGACUCCCUUUUUGGGCUAUUUGGUUUGUAUUCAUCUUGAACUUCAUCACAGCACAGCAUUAGGUACAGACAAAAGGAAGGCUUUCCUUCAUUUUGUCCGUGUCUCGUGUUGCGCUGAAAUGAAGUUCAAGAUGAAUCGCUUUUGCCAAUGACCCGAGGGAUGUCAAAAGAGUGAACGGCAAGGGAUUUGACAGUGCGUCACUGUGUGGCGGGAGUGGUUGCAUAGUGCGCAUGAGAGCGAGGGACUGGGUAGAGGACUAACCUUGCGAGGAUGCCGUGGGAGGCUGCUUUCUUUUUGUUCAAAAAGUGUUCAAGUAUGCCAAAAGCGCAGACAGAACAAUUAACGAGAACACGGGACGAGGCACUGUCCUCGUCUACGCUUUGCAGCAUACACAAACAGCUUGCGACAGCUCCGCAGGAAAGGUACUGCAUGCUGGCAGUACGGUUUGUGGUGGUUGGGUGUGAAAUGUCCGAGGAAAGGAAAGCAGUAUUUCUCUACCACGCUAGGUGCACUGAUCGAUAUUGGUCGAUGUAGCUUACGAAUGCAUUUGCACCAUUCCAUGUCAUUCUGCAGUGCGUAAAUCCGGAAUGAGCUCGUUACGUCAGUACAUCAAUUGCAAGUGAGACUUGCCAGUGGCAGAGCUUGAGUGACGACGACACCACUUCUGUUGCAAGUUUGAGUCGUGUUUUGCCAACCUUCUGAGCAGCUUUGUCCGAAGGAGCAGUCUUGUGGUGCUUUCCCAACCGUAACCCGUACGCUAAUACCGUUUUUAGUGCCUUUUCGUGGUGUACUAGACCUUACCGUGCAUACACGGAAAAAGGUGCGAGUGUGUGACUUCAGCAGAGAUAUAAGAAGUACGACAGAGGUCUCUUUUAUAAGGGUUCUCUUAUAAAACGGUGACAGUCUAUAAUGUGGCGAUCAUGGGCCAUUCGGUUGUGGGAGAGUUCGCGUGUGCUUUGCAGUGGAUUCCCUCGGGUCAGUUUAAUUCAGGCAGCAAGGAAGUUUGCAUAGUACACGACUUUGUAAAAAAAAAGCUUUUGCACCAUACCUCGCACUUAGACACUAUGCAGCUGUUCUCGCCAAGAAAUUGUCAACUAUCCCACGCAUUUGUCAGCUUCGAAGUGCCACCAGAGGACUGCAGAUUGAUCGCUUUGCUACUGAGCGUUUUACUCUAAGUUAACCCUCGCCUGUGAUGUCAUUGCAUUCAGUGGUGACACAGGUUAGCGUCGACGUGUCCGAUGACGACGCGUGUAGUUUUACUUUCGCGCGGCCUUAUUUAUGUUGAGUUGUGGUUUACUGCCGAGUGUUUGCUUCACUGUGCAAAUUUAGAGCAGCUUUAGUACGCGAAGGAAAAAAAAAACCAGGUCUGUUCACAUUCCCUUCUCGAGAUGGUGUCUUUUAACGCGACACGUACUGGAUUGCAUGAUGGCAAGACAUCUGAGAAAUGGCUUUACUUUUAGUGCAUGCCACAGUGGCUUAAGGGUAGAGUGGGCAGCAUGUAAACACAAUGGAAGUAAUAAAACAUUUCUGAAC